CAAUGAUGAAGCCUUGAAGGAAGCCAAGAUUCAGAAGGAAGCUAGGGGCGCGAGAAAGAGGAGCUUUAAUAAACUAAGUGACUGGCAGGUUUCAUGCCAUUGCUGUAUCAGUCUUCCCCAAUCGUGCAAGGGAUAUUGCAACUUGUUGGUCAUCUGGGUUGAAAAGGAGAUGAUAACCAGGGACCUUCAGGUUAAGCAUCGAGGAAGUCCGGGGAGCAAAGCAUGCGACGAGUUGUACCUGCCGUUACAAUUGCUUCCCUCUACUUGCUGCCCAGCGUCAGCUCCCGCCACUUGUACACUUGAUGAUAACCCUCAAGACAAAGUGCAAAGUAUCUUCGAGCCUUUAGACGGACUUUGGGAAAUGGUGGAUAGAUCCACGAGCUAGAAGCAUUGUGACAUCCCGGCAAGGUAGAGCUGAAGCUGGAACCCUAGUUCCCCUCGGGCAUGGGGGAUGCUGUCAGCAAAAGGCACGCCCUCCAAACAGAAACAAUGGUUGAGGGGGACUCCCCGGUUAUCCAAGGCGCACAGCCUGAACCUGCAGAAGAUGCACGUGUGGGGGAUGGAUCGACAGUGGAAGGAGGCGUCGAGGGCAGCAUAGCGGAAGCGGAAAGCAAACAGGAUAAUGCUGCCAAAGGGGAUGCCGCUUCAAUAGAGGGGCCUGUUUCUGCUCAGGAGCUUGGGUUAGGUGAUGAAGCGGAGAGAGCCACCUUGGUGGAGAAGGCGCAGGUUGGGGUGCUGGAGGGAGGGAGGAAAGAGGGCAGUGCAGAGGAGGGGGCCAGUUCUGCCCAGGUUGUUGCAAGCAAUCCGGAGAGACCUGGGGAAGGGGGAGCAGAAGACAGGGGCGGAGCACGGGCUGAAAAGGAAGGGAACGGAGCGGAGCUAGCUUCGGAGGGGGCCAACGAGGGACAGAAGGCUAGUGAUCCGGAAGAGAGAACGGGGCCAAUGGAUGCAGAGAAAGGGGGGAUCGCUAGUACCCGGGUUGACGGGCCUGAUUGCGCGGGUGCACUGGAAGCAGCACGCUCAUUUGGAACGGAAGGCAUACCUGCCCAGGUCGAGAGCAAUGCAGGCCCUUUGGUAGGGGGGCCUGAUUCGGGGGCAAUUGCGUGGCCUUUCGAGGAUGGCAAAGGAGAAGGGAAGGGAGAGAAGGCGGAGCAGGAGACUCUAGGGCAGGCAGAUAGUGUUCUGGUCGCGGAGGCUGAGCCAAUCACCAAGCAGAAUGCAGAGCCAAAACCUGGGGAGGAUCAAAGCAAAGCGGGGGGAGGAGACACCCUGGAUGCAGCCUUUCCCAAUGCCCCGGGGUCGGGGGGAUACCUCGCGCGGUCGCACCCCUCGUUCAAUCGGGGCAAAAGCUUUGGUCACUCUCCGGGCGAAGAGAAAGCGGACACGCGCUCGCUCGCCCCGUCCAAAGGCGAUCUGGUGCUCAAUCUGGUCAACGACCUGGGGCCAAUCCGGGCUGGGGGACAGUUCUCAUCAGGCGGUAUCCUGCCCCUGACCAGCACCGACCAACCAGGUGCCGCCACCUGGCAGCAACAGCUGCUGGCCCUGCAGAACAGCGGCAAAGCCGGAGGCGGUGAGGACUUGGCGGUGGGUCCUCUCGUGCGGAAGAGCGAAGGUCUGAGCCAGGAUUUGAACUUGACGUGGGCCGGAGUCGCAGAAGCAGACCAUGCGUCAGAGGAGGUGACGAAGAACCUGGAGGCACAGCUGGCGGUGCUUCAGAAGGUGGCGGCAACUAGGUUUGGGGACAAGUCCGGGGCGCCACCCUCCGUGGAGAAGGAGUCGCACGAGGAGACGAUGCGCAAGCUGAAAGCGGAGUUGGCCUCACUGGAGCAGCGUGCAGCGGCGCAGAAUCUGCACAAGAAAGGGGGGCAGAGUGUCAGGGGGCGGGGGCGGGGGUUUGCAGAGUUACGCAUGGCAGUCCCGCCAGGUUUGAAUUUGGGGGCGCCAGUCUCGGUUUCAGGAGAGGCUGUGGGGGCCUCCACAGAGGAGCUCCUCCGAGAGGGCUCUGAGGGGGGGUUAACGCGGCUGAGGAAGCGGAGGCGGCCGAAUGGCUCGUACAAUUGUCAGGUGGAGGGCUGCGAGGAGAAUCUGGAGCACGCCAAGGCAUACAACAAGCGGCACCACGUGUGCUGGGUGCACUCGCGUGCUUGGGAGGUGCUCAUCCAUGGAGUGCUCUCCCGCUUCUGCCAGCAGUGCAGCAGGUUCCAUGACGUGCGCGCGUUCGACGAGAUCAAGCGCAGCUGCCGCGAGAGGUUGCUGCAUCACAACAAGCGGAGGCGGACCAUCUUGGACAUGGGGGACGCUGCCAGGGGGAGCGGGGACGUGUCUGAUAAAGAGAAGGAACCACCUCCACCUGCCAAGGACAGCGCCGCCAAGGUCAAGCGCGCCCGGCCACCUCCUCAAGACACCCCCCCCAAAUCAGCGCCCGAGCCAGACCCCCUCGCGCGCGCUCUAGACACGCUGAUGAAGGCCCGGGAGCAGCUGGGGGGGGGCCGAACGGACAUUUCGCGUCCCCCCCCGGAUCGGCUGACAUUUUCAACGGCCCCCGGCCCUCCUCCAGGGACGUACGAGAGCAACCCGCUGAACAGACCCGGCGCUAACCUGCUGCUUAACCCGACGACCCCGAUGCGCCACAAUAGUACGGAGCUCACGCUUUCUCGUCGCACAUCCGGGUUCGAGGUUCUGGACCAGGUAACGGGACGGGCAGGGGGCGGUGUGAAUACCUUCCCCCUGGGGGGAUCCCUGGCGCAGAGCUUCCAGUCCCCCCCGGGGGAGCAGUACCCCCCGGCCCCAAUGUCGCGGCAGCUGGCCAGCGUUCCGACGGGGUUCGAGAGACUGUUGCAAACGCCGCCGCGGGCGGAGAGCGCUGGGCAGGGGGUGGAUCGCGCGCACAGUCCGUUCCUGGACAUUCUGAUGAGGAGUCAGCACGCGCUGCGAGACCCGUCGCCGCAGAAGGGGUUUGAGUUAACCCAGCACCGGUUUAGCCAGGCGCUGCAAGAAGCAGAGAAGGCGCAGCUCGAGAGGCCCAAUGACUUGGCGUCAGAAGUGGCGAUCCGCAGCCCGCUGCUGGCGGCGUACGUUCCGGAGUAUGACGGGAUGAGGGCCGCGAGGGCGGGGAACAACGCGGCUACAAAUAAUACUGCGAAUAGCUCGUUGAGGAGUCCGACUUACGACAUGCUCACAGACUUCAUCGGCGGGGGCCAACGUGGUGGCGGCACGCUCCCGCUUGGGUUUGCGGAGCGGGACGCAGGCGGCGGCCAGAGCCUUUUCGAUUCUGGACUGGGUAUGGCGCGAGACCAUAGCUCGGCGCACGCAAGCAGUUUGCUCAGGCUCAUGUCGUCGCACGUCGAGAGCGCGUCCCCCGUCAAGGAGCCAACGAACUUCCUCAGAGGUCUGGAUGGUCCUCUUGGGCUUUACGGGCUGCCCAGCCAAGGCCACGUGCAACCGCCUCGCGACCAGCCAGGCUCGUGGCUUGCAAACAAUGACCAAAGGGAACAAACAGCGGCCUUGCACAGGGAGUUUCAGAGGCUCAUUCAAAGUCAAACACGCGCGGCGGACCUCGGUGGUGGGGCAGAGGGCGCGCAAGCCCCUUUUGCUGGUUUGUCCUCGCAAUUAGGAUUCCAGGGUCAGGAGCCUGCGCUUGGAAAUCGAGGCUUCAAACUAAACGAUUGGACUUUCAAUUAGGGAGUGGUUGUGCAAAAGAUCCUAGCUUUCGUGGUGUAAGCAAGGUUUGCAUCGAUCUCCAAAACGUGUACACAAACAUCGAAACCAAAAGCAGAAACGAUAAGAAAAAGCGUAUGACAACCCCGCGUCAAGGCACAGUAGAUUGUAUUAGCCUGCUUAGGGUUUCAAAGGAUCCGACUCUUGCUUGACAUGAAGUUAGCAGCGUUCAAGGCAUUUCAGAAUAUUGAAAUAGGGUGUAAGAGCCGGCGUGGCGGCCAAAUCAUUGAAUAUAAGUAUGAUAUCAACACAUCAGCUGAUCUAGAGAGUUGAUAGCUGGCAUGCGAUUGCACUCCAUCCAGGCUUGCUAAAUGGAACUCUCACGAACAAAGUACGUAAAAAAUGCUCGAUGCAAUUGUUGAAUCUCCACGGCCC